AUGUCAGAUUAAGAUACUUUUGUUAUUGAAGAUAGUAAAAAGCAUCACAAGAAAUCAGCUCAUGCUCAUGAUGAUUUCGAAAAGUACUCAGGAUAUAAUUUUGGUUCUGAUUUGUGUUUUACAGUUGGUAUUUCUUAUUUACUAGCUAGCUCAGUUGGUCUUGUUAAAGGUUUUGUUGAAGGUUUCCCAACCAACUUUUCUUUACCAAAGAAGCUCUUAUUAAACAACUUCUUUAAUAGUUUAGGAAAGAAUCAAUCCACAUUUGGCUAAAAGGCUGCAGGCGCUGGUUUUCUUUACUACGGCAUCGGCACUGGUAUGAAUUUCUUUUUUGAAGAUCAAUUUGAAGAUCUUACAGAUUUCUAAAAGAAUCUUACUAUUGGUUCUAUUACUGGUUUGAUCUUCACUACUGGUAGUGGUGGUUUAGGAUUCUUAAGAGGUACUUUAGGUGGUGCUGCCAUCAUAGGUGGUCUUUCUCUCUUUACUGAUUAUUUACACUCUAAAUAAUAUUUAUCUUUCCAAGUCAAAUUCUGA